AUGGAACAGUAUCUCCGAAGUUAUGUCUCUUACCAACAAGAUGACUGGGUCCGGCUGUUGGCAAUGGCCGAGUUCGCCACGAAUAAUCAUACUUCGGAAACAACAAAAGUCUCUCCUUUCUAUGCCAACUCGGGAAGAAAUCCCAGGAUGACUUUUGGGCCCUUGGAACAUGGCAAAACGAUAGCGGAAGAUCAGGCCAACAGCAUUGCAAAAGAAAUGAAGGACAUAGUGGAAUUCCUAAAAAGCGAAAUGUUUCGGGCGCAAAGGAUACAAGAGGAGUCGGCUAACCUAAAUCGUUCUCCUGCCCCUCGUUAUCAUAUCGGAGAUAAAGUUUUCUUGUCGACCCGCCACGUUCUAACAAAGCGACCCUCCAAGAAGUUUGAUUGGAAACGGAUUGGUCCCUAUAGCAUCAAACGAAUCGUCAAUCCCUAUGCUUAUGAACUAGAACUUCCCCAUUCCAUGAAGAUCCAUCCAGUAUUCCAUGUUUCAUUAUUGUCACCUGAAGUAGGCAAUCCAUUACCGGGACAACAACUAUCACCACCACCCCCAGUUGAGAUCGAAGGGGAGGAAGAAUGGGAAGUCAAAGACAUUUUGGAUUCUAGGAAACGCAAGGGACGGUUUGAGUACCUGGUACGGUACAUAGGAUAUGACGAUGCUUCGUGGCAGCCGCUAUCGGACCUUGAACACUCGCCUGAUAUCGUUCGACGAUUCCAUGAACGUUAUCCACGAAAACCUAAGCCUACCAGGAGGUAG